AUGAGCAAGGUGGACGAUUUCGAAAUGGUCGACGACGGUCCGAAGGGGCCAUACGAGUGGACGCCACCUCACUGGGUCCCGUACCCCGUUCCCUUGGACUAUGAUAUCUUCGCUGCGCCCUGGAUACGUCCAGAGCAAGUGCCCAUGAGCUUUCUCGGCGUCAACGUCAUUUGCACCGAGCACCUCAAGGUGCAGGAGAACAUGACCGUCCGGAUUCGCAAGGGCGUUGUUGAGAGCGUCGAAAAGACAAAGCCCUCGGACAUGCAGGAGGCAGGGUACAGUACAAUCGACGCCAAAGGGCUGUACAUGUGCCCAGGCCUGAUUGACUGCCACACGCACAUCACCGCGACGCCGGGGCAGACCAUGACCUCGCUUACCGGCACCAGUGAAACCGACACGGCGCUCAAGACCGCCUACGUACUCCGUGGCAUGCUCUCCCGUGGUUUCACGACGGUGCGUGACGUCGGUGGCGCCAACCGGCACUUGAAGAACGCAACUGCGGACUGGCUCAUUCCUGGCCCACGCAUUUUUCAAGGCGGGCCGAUCAUGUCCCAGACCGGCGGACACGGCGACAUGUCGUCGCAGGACAGUCAGAUCGGGUGCUGCCAGAUCACGCCGUGGGGCCACGGUCCGCAGCUGAGCGCGGUCGCGGACGGCGUGGACGCGUGCCUCAAAACGGCACGCAAAAUCAUGCAAAUGGGGGCGGACCACAUCAAGAUCUGCUCCUCCGGUGGCGUUGCAUCCCCGACCGACAGGCUCGAGAGUACACAGUUCACUGUGCCCGAAAUCCGCGCUAUCUGCGACACAGUGCGCAUGAUGGGCGGCAGGUUGGUGACGGCCCACUGCUUCACAACCGAAGGGGCGCGUAACGCCAUCGAGGGAGGCAUCGGGGGCAUCGAGCAUGGCAACCUCAUCGAUGAAGACACUCUCAAGCUCAUGGUCAAGAAGGGCAUUCACCUCACCCCCACGCUGAUUGUGUGCGACCUCCUCAGCCGGCCGCCGUACAAUGCUAUCAUCCCACCCGCAUCGCGUGAGAAACUCACUCAUGUCCAGGAGAUGGGCUUUGUCACUCUCAAGAAGGCCCACGACCUGGGCGUCAACAUCGCAUUCGGCACGGACGCAUUCAGCUCAAUGCAGCCACUCCAGCUGUCCGAGUUUGAGCUGCGCAAACGCGUCCUCUCAUCCCCCGUCGUCCUGAGGCAGGCGACUUUCAACGGUGCAAAGGUGCUCGGGAUGGAGGGCAAGGUCGGGGUGGUCGCCAAGGGCGCGUUCGCGGACCUCAUACUCCUCUCAGCCAACCCGCUCGAGGAUGUGGCCAUCUUCAAUCACCCCCACAAGUACCUCCAUGCGGUCGUCAAAGACGGCCGCUGCGUCAGUUCCAAGAUCAAGGACUUGCGGGUCGAGGUGCCGUUGAUGUAG